GAGAACACGGAUGAGACCUACUGCAUCGACAACGAAGCGCUCUACGACAUCUGCUUCCGCACCCUCAAGCUGGCCACCCCCACCUACGGCGACCUCAACCACUUGGUAUCGGCCACCAUGAGCGGCGUCACCACCUCCCUCCGCUUCCCCGGCCAGCUCAACGCCGACCUGCGCAAGCUGGCAGUCAACAUGGUGCCCUUCCCACGCCUCCACUUCUUCAUGGCUUUCCUGCACUGGGACACGGGUGAGGGGAUGGACGAGAUGGAGUUCACCGAGGCCGAGAGCAACAUGAACGACCUGGUGUCCGAGUACCAGCAGUACCAGGACGCCACGGCCGAGGAGGAGGGCGAGAUGUACGAGGACGACGAGGAGGAGUCGGAGGCGCAGGGCGCCAAGUGA